AUGGGCAAGAGAGUAGCCAUCAUUGGAGCUGGGGUCAGUGGCCUGGCCUCCAUCAGGAGCUGUCUGGAAGAGGGGCUGAAGCCCACCUGCUUUGAAAAGAGCGACGAUGUGGGGGGUCUGUGGAAAUUCUCGGACCAUGGAGAGGAAGGUAGGGCCAGCAUUUACCGGUCGGUCUUCACCAACUCUUCCAAAGAGAUGACGUGUUUUGCAGACUUCCCAUAUCCUGAUGACUUCCCCAGCUUCAUGCACCACAGCAAGCUCCUGGAGUACCUCACUGCAUAUGCCAAAGAAAAGAACCUUCUGAAAUACAUACAGUUCAAGACACUUGUAUCCAAGGUCAAAAAACGUCCUGAUUUCUCAAUCACUGGCCAAUGGGAUGUUAUCACUGAAAAGGAUGGUAAACAGGAAUCUGCCAUCUUUGAUGCUGUAAUGGUUUGUUCUGGACAUCACGUGUACCCCAAUAUCCCAAAAGAGUCCUUUCCAGGUCUAAAACAUUUUAAAGGCAAAUGCAUCCACAGCUGGGACUAUAAGGAACCAGGAAUAUUCAAGGGGAAGAGAGUCCUGGUGGUCGGCUUGGGGAAUUCAGGCUGUGAUAUUGCCACAGAACUCAGCCACACAGCAGAGAAGGUCAUCAUCAGCUCCAGAAGUGGUUCCUGGGUGUUAAGCAGGGUCUGGGAUGACGGCUACCCAUGGGACAUGCUGCUUAUCAGCCGAUUCGAAAACUUCCUCAGGAACAACUUACCAAAACCCAUCUCUGACUGGUGGUACAUGAAGCAGAUGAAUUCAAAAUUCAAGCAUGAGAACUACGGCUUGAUGCCUUUAAAUGGAACCCUGAGGAAAGAGCCUGUGUUUAAUGAUGAGCUCCCAGCUCGAAUUCUGUGUGGCGCUGUGUCUAUUAAGCCUAAUGUGAAGGCAUUCACAGAGACCUCGGCCAUUUUUGAGGAUGGGACUGUGUUUGAGGCCAUCGACUGCGUCAUCUUUGCAACAGGCUAUAGCUAUGAUCACCCCUUCCUUGAUGAUUCCAUCAUCAAAAGCAGAAAUAAUGAGAUCACCUUGUUUAAAGGCAUCUUCCCUCCUCUACUAGAGAAGCCAACUAUGGCAAUGAUUGGCUUUGUCCAGUCCUUUGGAUCUGCCAUCCCUACAAAUGAUCUGCAGUCUCGCUGGGUAGCACAAGUAAUAAAGGGAACUUGCACUUUGCCUUCUGUGGAAGACAUGAUGAGUGACAUUGAUGAGACAAUACGGAAAAGGCUCGAAUGGUUUGGCAAAAGUGAGACCAUACAAACGGAUUAUAUUACUUAUAUGGAUGAACUUGCCUCUUUCAUUGGGGCAAAGCCCAGCAUCCUAUGGCUUUUUCUCACAGAUCCCAAAUUAGCCUUGAAAGUUUUCUUUGGCCCGUGCAGCCCAUACCAGUUUAGGCUGGUGGGCCCAGGGAAGUGGCCAGGAGCCAGAAAAGCCAUCCUGACCCAGUGGGACCGGGCAGUAAAACCCAUGAAGACACGAGUUGUUGGGAGUCCUCAGAAGCCUCACUUGUUUUUCCCUUUUCUCAAGCUCCUUGCUAUUCCUGUUCUGUUCAUUGCUGUUUGGCUUAUGCUGACUUAA